ACUUACGAUUUGGAAUGUUUGAAUCCAUUUAUAAUUUAUUAAAAUUUAUUAAUUAUUUUCUUUCUAAAUACAAAAUUAUUGACCAAAAAUACAAUCUAAGUAAAUUGCAUGAAAAAUUGAUAAAUUAAAUUUUUUUUAAAAAAAACUAAAACUUAAUUCAAACAAUUCAAAACGUUUUAUUUGAUGUAGAUUGGAAAUUAGUAAUAUGCAUCAAAAUUCAAUAUAUUGUUUUAUUAUUGAUAAGAAUAACUGAUAACACUAUGACCUUAUCUAAUCGCAACACAUUUUACACUUUUUUCAAUCUGUGAUGGUAGUAAACAAUUUUAAAAACGAUAUAUUAUCUAUUUAAUAACUCGGAUAUGUUAUAAGAUUUAAUAUUUAUGUUUAUAAAAUAUUUGUUGUAAUUAAUUCUUUAAUGUCGAACAACACGAUUUCCCAUAUAAAUGAUAAUAUGGAUAUUCUAGUAAUUGUCCAAUAACAUCUAUAUAGCAAGAAUAAUUCAGUCGAAAAACAUUUCUGCUAUCAAACGAAUGAUUCACGUAUUAAAAUAAUGGAAGCAAGUGCGCCAUAUAUGAAUGAGGUAACUAAUGUUUUUUACAUUUUUAUUUCACUGGUUACCCGACUUUCACUUCUAAAUAUUAUAGUUUUAGGAAUUAGGUUAAUUAAAAUGGUAAAUCAAAAAUUGGUGCCCGGACGACUGACCUCCAUGAAAAAACGCCAUUUGUGUAUGUGUAAUCGGUUCUCGUCAUCAUUUUUUAUACAGACAAUUGAUCUCUGUCAAUUUUUUUUUUUAUUAAUUUUCCAUUGAUGUUACAUUUUUAAAUAGGAUAAUAUAAUAUACUGAUUUUGAUAGGUAAUGAAUUAGGACUGCCAUUUGUCCCCAUUUAAAUAGAAUAAUUGUAUUACUCUGUAGGGACAAUAAAAGUUUCAUAAAAUAUUUCAAAAAUAUUCUUUGUAUAUUUAAAUAUUAGAUACUGUAGGUAUGUGCCUGUGUACAAAACUGUGCUUUUACUUAUGUGAGAAAUACUAUAGUUUAUACUAACAUAUAUAUUUGUAAUAGUUAUAAUAUCAAAUUUUCAGAAGAAGAAUUUUUAAAUUAUUUAUGAAGUCAAAGUGUUAAUAUUAACAUAACAUUUUAUUUUACAAAAGUAUUUUGUAUUAAACUUUUAAACAAGCUCUUAAAUCAUUUUUAAUAUUUUAAUUAUUACUUUUUUAAAAUUAGAAUUCAAAUUUGGUAUAGGUACUUAUUUAUUAUAUUAUUAAAUUGCUUUUUUAUGUUUCAAAAUGUAUGCGGAUAUUUUUAAAAAUUAAGUGUUUUAUAUGUACCUAUUAGUAUAAAAACAAUUGUUCUCUUUAAUGGUAGCCCUAAUUUGUAACCAAUCAUAAUGUAUAUAAAAAAAAAAUUACUUAAAGUAAAAUAAAUGACCCGGAGACCAAUAUUAUCUAUGUAAAAAAUUAUAACAUGGAUCAAUUGUCCACAUAUGGUGUUUUUUGCCGUGACCAAUUGUUCUAGAUUGCAAUGCAUUCCAAUUGCAAUGCAUUACACAGUGUUUUUGCUUAAUUAAAUUAUAAUUUAUUAUAUUAUAUUUUUAAUGUAAGUAACUCUAUAGACUUAUUAACUUAUCAUAUUUUUAUACACCUACAGUGGUGCAAAUCAUUUAGAUUCUGAACGUAACGAGGAAUGUAUUUUUUUUUGUUUACUAGGAGUAAAUUUAGUUAGUAAGGAUAGAUAAUAUUAUACAGUCCUGUUCAUAUCUAAUUAAUCCGUUACUGAAGUAUAGAUAUAUGUUAAUAGGCUGUUCUACAUAUGUAUUACCUAUACUAAUUAAUUACGAAUUACAAUACCUAUCUAAAGUUUAAGCGAAAAUAGUAGUACGUACAUGAACCUAAUUUAAUUAAAUUAACCCUACUAGAUAUAGUUAAUAUAUUUAAUGGAGAAUAAUUGUUUAAUUAUUAUUAUUAUUUUUAAAACUUAAUAUAAAUUUGAUUAUGAUUUAAGUACUAAAAUAAUAAAAAUAAUAAUUUUUUUGGUCACUAUAUUUUUUCCCUGUACUCAUAAAAUUUAUCCUUAUGCAAUUUCAAAACCACCAACUUUUGCAAUCAAUUAGAAAAAUAAAAAUAAAAAAUUAGAAAAAUAAAAGUUAUUUUUUUCAGUGGUUAAGCAAUAACAAUAUUUCUCUAUGUAUGUGUACCAAGGUAUAUAUUGUAAGGUGUGUACCCUUUGUACAAAAAACGAUUAGAUUUUAAAAAAGAAAAUAUAAAUAUUGAUAAAGUUAUUAGCUUAAGGGUAACACUGUUGGACACCUGUAUAAUAUAUUAUGGGUGUAUAUACAUACCAUUUUUCUCAUAAAGUAGAUUGUUCUUUACAAUUAACAUGGGAAAAUUUCACUGCGUGGGUACAUUUCUCUAAAUUUGGCCCAGAAAUUUCUAUUAAAUAACAUAAAUUAGUAUCAGUGAAAAUAAUUGUGAGAAGGAUGACAAUUUUCAUGUAUUUUAUUUAUAUAAUAAGAUUACUACACAAUAUCCCUACACUACCCACCUAUUUUUUAUAAUACGUAAUACUCAUUCCUAUUAUAAAAUGUUUGAGAAAUCCUAAAAACUUGUAACAAACAUUAAGUUUUAACAAAUAUAAAAAAUCAAAGGUUUCAUACAUAAUGCCUAACAAAUAUGUAGUUACCAAGUAUUGUAAUUUUUUGCACGUUUACGGAAAUACGAUUUAUUUUACAUACAUAUGUGAGAAUUUUUUUAGCUUCUGAGGUCAGCGAUGAAUGUAUAGUUUUACUAUGAUGUGUAAAGUAUUUCAUUUUUCAUUUGUUGUGUCUGUAUACGACUUUUCUAAUAGACUUCACAUGCGUCAAUCAAAAACCAACAACAGCGCUUUUAUAUAGUAUUUUAGAUUUAAUUUAUGCAUAAUCAUUGUUUUAUUUUACAAGUAAUUUUCUUAAUUAUUGCGAAAAAAAAAACCGGAAAUUACCGCAUUAAUAGUUUCAUUAUUUUCGAUUUUGUCGAUAUCGACAAUAAAUUGUUUAAAUUUUAAUCGUUUUCUGCAAUCAAAUAUUUUUGAGAAGAAUUUUUCAAAAGCCAAUUAUCCUCGAUGCAUAAUAAUAAAAAUAUAUAAAAAAAAAAAACACCUGCUCCAGCCGUGGUAAGGGAAGCGCGACAAAGUGUGUUUACCGUUCAAUUUCUCAGCGCCGUGUCCGUAUUUUUCUUCUGAUUAUGCAGUAACUAUUAAAUGUGUGUGUGUAUGCUGUUUAAUAGAUUGGUACAUUACUUUAUUGUGUUGCUUUCCCAGAUAUUUAUCUUGAUGCCUAGUAUUAUUAUACUGCUUAUGAAAAUCGUGUCGUGUAAUCAGUUUUCUUUUUAUUUUUAAUUUAUAAUUUUUUAUUUGAUUUUUACAUAUAGAUAGUGGUUACGAUUACCGAUUAGUAAUACACGCUCGUUUAUUUUUGUUAUUUCUGUAGUCAGACGUACGGUAGUUAUCAGAGGAUAAGUCAUUGAUUAAUAUUGUGUAAAUCAGAUUUCAGAAUAUUGUGAUUUUCCUAGUGAUUACCAAGAUUUCUUAUCAGGUUUUCAAAGAUUUCCAUGAUUAUCAAACAUUUGUACACUGAUUCCCGUUAUAGUGAUUUAAUAUUUUGGAAGUUAUUCAUUCUUAUCGGAAAUUGUAUUUUUGAAUGCAAUUUGUAUUCACUUUAUAUCCACUUAACCUAACCUAAAAAUAAAAUAAAUUUCGAUGGUCCUUUUUUUGCUGUUAAAAUGUUUGAUUAUCUGUAAUUUGUCUAGAGUUAAAAAAGUUUUAUCCACAUUAAUUGGAAAAUAAAAACAGUACGAUAAAUGUAAUGAUUUUUACGAUUUUCAUCAAAAUUUCAAAUGUAUAACCUUAUAAAAAACAAUUGUGGCUACGGAUUUUCGACAUUUUUAUAGUGUCAUGAGAACACCUUAUGAUAAAACUUGUAUCAAAUUUUAGAGCAUUUUUGAAAAGCCUAAAAAAGGGUAUCCUCACAAAACUGAAUAAAAACUAAAAAACUCGUCAAUGUAUCAAAUUACUAUGAAUAGAUAGCUCGAAAAUGACCAGAAUGUUUUGAAAAUGUCUGUUUCUACGAUUAUUUAUUCUACCUGGCUUACAACGAAAAAACAAAAUCGAUAAUAUCAAAAUUCGUUAUUGCGUAAGUAAUAUUCUCGAAUAAUAAUUGUUCUGAAAUAUUUCGAAAACAGUUCAAAUACAAUCCAAAACUAAUCAUUUCAAUGCACCGACUUGACAAAACGUGUGCCUAAAAAUCUCUUUUGUCGGUUUUCGAUUUGAGCAAGAUACGUUUGUAGAAAAUUUGUUAAUCUAGCGAAAUUUGAGAUGGACGGAUUACAUUAUUGAAAUCACUGGUGGAGUUUAUCUACCGUGAACCGCGUAGGUAUUCGCGUAAUGCAGUUUUGACAAGAAUCAUUUUAAUAAAAGGAUAGGUAAUCUCUAGGUACCUACGCUCAUUUCCGGAAUAUUCGCCUAAUUAGUAUAAUAAUAGAUAAUAUGUGUGAAAGUAAAACGCAGUCGAUUUUGUACUCUUAAUUAAAUGUAUACGCAAUUAAUUUUAUAAAAACCAACAAUAUUGUAUCUACAUUUAACACGUCUUGUUUACACGGGUCGGUGGAGUAAAUUAAUAAUAAUACAAUUGUAACCGUGCAGCAGAGGUUUGAAAAAACAAUAAAAUAUUUCAGGUUCCGAGUGUAGCGAAAAAUCUAUAUUAGUCUCAUUUACUAAAAUGUGUUUUUUUUUCUCGGAAAACACUUUUUCGGUUAGUAAAAAAGAUCGGAUAUUUUCACGUCGCACCCGAAAAGAUGUCGGUUUUUCUGUCGGUCAUAUUUCAUUUGAAUAUUUCUCCCGGAUCUCCAACAAUUAAACCAAAACUAAUAACAAAACGAUGAUACAUCGGUGUGUUAUUUCGGUUGAAUUUUUUAUUUACCUUCGCUUUACAAGAGAGAAAACACGGAUAAUUGCUACAAUAAAAUAUAACCACUACGUUUACCGAACUCCGCGCAGAAUCGUUUUUCGAUUUAGCCAGGCUGUAAUUAUAAUAUAGGCUAAAUGACCCUACAUCCUAUAUCUUCCCGGGUAAAACACUUUUUUAAGCUACACAAGUGCGUACGAAGUAUUAAGCCAAUUUUAAUUCCAGUAUAUACCAUACGACUACACUAGAACGAGAACUAGAAAUAAUUUAUAAAUACUUUCAACUUUGCCUAUUUCCAUAACCAUUAAGCUUUUAUUACUUACGUUUAUCGUUAAUGAUAUCAGAUUCAUAUAUCUCAAAAAUAUAUCAGAUAAAACGAAAUUUCUUAUUUCCGAUUUAUAGCGUAUUUUCUAAGGUUAAUAAUGAGAGAAUAAAAAAAUGGUUAAACAAGACUUUGAUAGAAUUCUACGUAUUAUUGUAAACGCUUAUGAUGAUGAAUACGAAAUCCAUAAAAAUUUAAUUCAAUAUUUAAAAGUAAUAGGUUAUAGAAGUCUGGGAAUUCAAAUGUAGGUAUUUUAUUAAAGUAAUUAAUUUACUGUUAUUUAGUUAUUCUCAUUACCUAUAUUUUAUUAUUUUAUAUUAAUUAUUACAGAACUGUACUGGAUAUUUAUUAGGUAUACGAUGAAAUUUAACAACGUUACAUACAAUUUCAUACGCAACCGUGUUUAUUUUUUAUUCUUAAAAGUAUUCUUUUACCCAACAACAAACUUACGCAAUCAUGUUUCAUCCGUCUUCCCAACUUCCAGGUACAACAUUGGCCAAUUAUCCAUGGUGCGUAGUACGUCCUGUUUUUUGCAAUUUUUUUGAGACUGUUGCUAAACGAUCAUUCAGUAUAGGUUACAAUUUAAUUUAUUUAACUCUGUAUAUUUGUAUAAAUAAUAUAAAUAUAAUACGAUGGGGUGCCAAUAUCCGAAAGUACUUUGGAUACUAAUUUGUUUAUCGAAUUGCCCAUUUUUUUUUUUCUAUUAUAAUACUAUAAAAUCUAUUUUGUUAGUUUUGUUCAAAUAAUAAUAGAAAAAAGUAAUAAUCUCUCUCUAUGUACCAGCUAGUAUAUUAAUGAUCGGUCGCUAUAAUUAGUGAUCUGUCAUUUUGAGAGUCGUCUUAAUAUUUAUUGUUGAAUUUUUGAUAAAUUUUUAACCGCGCCUGUAGGUAUAAUAUUGUUCGUAUUUUAAAAUUGUUUUUCACAUAAAACAAAAAAAAAAAAAAAACUAAUGGACUCUAAAAUUUAAAAUAGUUGUUUAUUGUUCAAAAGCUCUAGUUUUUUGAAAAUUUUACUACGUCUAUAAAGCGCUAACACAAUUUUAAACAGCUUUAUCAUAACGUAUAAUACGGUAUUGUACCAAACUCUUACAAAUUGUAUACGUCGUAUAACUUCCGCCCAAUAUAUUUGUAUAGUAUACCUAUUGUUAUUUUAUUAUAUUUAUGCAAUUAAUGUUUUACAUUUUUAUUUUUAUCACACUUAUUGCAUGCCUUGUUUUACCCAGUUCAAACACUCCAGGACAUCAACAUUAAACAUCGUAUAUUACAUGCUUACUUAGUUUGUACCAAUUAUUUAUUACAAAUCUUUUCUUUUUACUUUAUGUAAUAUAUGCAUUAUUAUUUUCGAUUUAACAGCAAGAAAAAUACAAUUGAAAAUUGCGCGUACAAUAUAGUAAUUGAUAUUUACAUUUUAUACGCACAAUACAUUUUAUUUUUAUAAAAUAAAGAAAACAUUUUUGAACAGUACUAUGUUGAUCAUUAAAUUGUAUUAAAAUGAAAUAUAAAAAACGGAAUGAUCACAGUUAAUGAUCAAUAUAUCAAGAUAUUUUACCAAGAUAAAAUUAUAAACAAAACUAAACUUAUUUUAUCUAGUUAGACAACAAACAAUUUUUAUUUAGUUUUUAGGUGUAAAGUUUUUUAUUAAAUGUAAAACCCUUGAAAUAGUAAUAUAUACUUUUUUUUCCAAGUAUCACCUAUUUGAUAAUUAAUUAUAAUUUAUGUUUCACGUCGUUAUAAUUUAUUUAUUCAUUAAUAAUUCAAAAUUAAUAAUAAAUAUUUUACUAACAUGAUCACAACAUUACCAAUUACCAAAUAAAACCGACUUAAUAAAUAUUGUAAAUCUGUUUUGUUAAACCCAUAAUUAUUUAGAAAAUUCUGAAUAUACAAGUACCUAUAUAAACAUCGUGAUUUUUGUUUUAAAUUAAUAUAAUGUCAUAAUACCUAAGUAUAGAAAAUUAAUAACCAUAAAAGUAAUACAAAUUUUUUCGGCAAUAUUAUUGAGUAUUAAAAACACGUCAAACAUCGAGAAUCAAAAGUCAAAUAAAAUUAUCUAAAAUUUAGAUUUGUAGUUUAUUAACUUCAAUUUCUCUGAACUGUCCGUAUAAGGAGUCAUAUUUAACUUUAUGCUUGGAUUCAUAAUGCCGUUUAAUAUUGUAUUCUUUCAAUACAGAAAUUAAUUCACGACANAAAUGGUUUUCCCUCUUUCGCAAUUAACAUAGCUACAUUCACACUGGCAGAAAUAACGGCUUUAUUUUGAAUAGUUACUUUUAAAAAGAUCGUUUGUUCUCCGGUUAGAGCUUUUUGUAGUUUAUUAACUUCAAUUUCUCUGAACUGUCCGUAUAAGGCGUCAUAUUUAACUUUAUGCUUGGAUUCAUAAUGCCGUUUAAUAUUGUAUUAUUUCAGUACAGAAAUUAAUUCACGACAAACAAGGCACAUGACUUUUCCUUUAUUUUCAAUAACAAAGUAUUGAUUGAUCCAUUUAUGCUGAAAUACACGACAUUCAGAAUCUAUUUUUCUUUUUUUUUCUGAUAUUUAUUAUAAUUAGUUUAAAAUUUAAAUUAACGGUCAAAUAAACGAUCACUAUNAUGAUAUUAAAUUUAAUUUCGUUGUUAUAGAAUUUAAAGCGGGCCGUAUUUAAUAGACUCGCGGGCCGCCGGUUGCCGACCACUGAUCUAAAUGAUCAGAAAAUAAUAGUAAUAUUAUGUAGUAAUGCAGUAUAAGUAUAAUUUCAAGUCUCCAAGGUUAUUUUCACUGACUUUCCAAAAAAUAACAGAAAUCGUUAUUGGGUAAAUUUAGACGUUUGUCGACAUGUUUAUCUUGGUUUUUUUAUUUUAUUAAGAAAACUUCAAGGAAAACCAAAAAAUAACAUCCCAAAAGCAUAAACUAUUCGCUACCAGAAAUCACCGCUGAUGUUUAUUAUCGGAGCAAUAUUUCUUGUAGAAAAGUUAGUCACAGGUAGAAAAAAUAAACAGCACACAUUAUCAUAAUAAAACCAAUACAUUUGUUACUCUCAGAAUGUAAAAAAAAAAUGUCUGUGAACAGGGUAAAAAUGGAGUGUGUAAUGGAUUUAUAAAAUGUACUCAAGUAAUUUAGGGUUUGUUUAAAUCGUUCUUAUUAUUAACCAUAUGAUUACAGUGUGUCAAUGUGGAAUGUAAAAAUCCAUUUGAAGAUUACACAGAUGUUUACAUGAUAACAUUUGUUCAAAUUGCUCAAACUAAGUUUUCUAAUAUUGCCGAUUGUCGACAAUUUGUAAAUGAUUACAAAAAAAAUCCCAAAUCAGUUUUCAACGUAUGCCAUAGCUGUUUGAUUUCUCGAAAAUCGAGAUGGAGCCUCAAUAGUAAAAGUAUUAGUAAGUGUCUUUUUAUUAUUAUUAUUAUUUUACCUGUUCUAAAUAUGUUAAAGUUUUACAUAACAGUAAGAUGGUCAAUAUAUAAGACAUUAAGAAAUUCAAAUUGUGUAACUACUUGAAUGAGAUAAUAAGCAUGCUGAAUGUUUAUUGUCCAUAUUUUAAUGGUUCUUAUUUACAAAGAAUUUAUAUUUGACAAAAUUUAAAACUAUAUCAAAACGCCAUAUUUCUGUUUCGUGAUGUAGGGAUAAUUUUUGUGCAAGUCGCUUGGGCACAUCCAGUAUUUAUGCGAAGGAGAGGUACUUCGUUGUAAAUUUCAGUUCAAGUAGAAAAUAGUUUAACAAAAAAAAGAUACUAAUUGUUAUAAUUUGUAUUAAUAUUAUUGUGUUAUCAAAUCUAAUGUAUAGAUGGGGAUUAAGCUACGUAACCUCUCCUUCCCUGUGUGUGCUCCUGUUUUGCGUCUUUGUCAGUAAUUUUGGUUAAAUUUUUCAUGUAUUCAAAAACCAAUUUUUGGAAUUUUUAAGAGUCUUUAAAGCCUAUAUUUUCGAAUACUUAGAUUUUUCACAACAUAAAAAAAGUAUCCUGUGGUAAUACAAACUUCGGUUUUUCAAAUGAGAACCUAUAUUAAAAAUUCCAUAAAUAAACGGAGUAUUACUUUAAAUAAAUCAUUUACGAGAUAUUCCAUUUUUAAGUUUAGGUGGGGGGAGAAUAGUGCAGUAUCAUUUAUGUGGUGGUACGGCGUUUUCUUAGUGCUUCACUACUCUCCCCCUACCAAAACUUAAAAAUGAAAUAUCUCGUCAACGGUUUGACGGAAAUCAUAAAUUUUAACACCAAAAUUUAAUUAAAGUUAUAGUCCGUUUAUGUAUGAAUUUUUAAUACAGGUUCUCAUUUAAAAAACCAAAGUUGGUAUCACCACAGGAUACUUGUUAAAUGUUGUGAAAAACCCAAGUAUUGGGGAAUAUCGACUUUAACUACACUUGAAAAUUCCAAAAAUUAGAAUUUGAAUACAUGCAAAAUUUAACCAAAAAAAAAAAAAAAAAUGGGAUGAGUACGCUUAAAGAAAAAAUAUAAUCUGUAUAUAAUAUUAUAUUUUAAUUUGUCUCAAAUUUAUUGUUUUAGCAAAAACGAAAAAAGAAACGGGUUCCUGGUAUAAUGCUUAUUACAUUUGUCCAUUAAUUGUUAUAAUUGUGGCAUUUAGUAUUGGUGUUUACGUCGCAAAAUUUUCAAAUACUACCGAUUUAAGCAAUGCUAACAAUAAUAAUAUGAAGUUUAAACUGAUCAAUAGUUUUAAGGUCAAAUUUCCGUCACUACAACUUACCUUAUUGAAAAAAUUGGCAAGUGCUUUUUCGCGACUCAACACGCCCGGUGAACCUUUUGUUUUUUUGCUUCUACACGACGAUUCAAACAAAAUUACUACAGACUGUUUGGCGUCGUUCACUAGUAUUUUGGCCAAAGAAAACAUAUUCACCAACUCUAAAAACAGCUUGUGGAUAAAUGCGUCCGAAUGGACUCCGUAUUCAGACCUGGACAAUAAGGACUUGCUAUUUAAAAAGGUAAUUAUAUGGUUUACGGAUUGUUUUUAAAUACAACAAAUGUUAAAACCAUAACAUAUAGGUACGUAGGUACUUUUCUGGUUAUACGAGUCGGGAACUUAAAGAGUAUAAUAAUUCAAUGAUUAUUGAGAAAAAGAACAAAGUAACAAAAUUUGUAAUCAGGAUUUUUCUUAUGCGAUCAAACCGAUUAGGUGUAUACAUUUUAGAUUUGGUUAGAUUAACAAUAUUACGUUAUUAAGCAACUAAUUCAAUUAACAGUUAUUAACUUUUGACCAGGACUAAAGCGUUAGGAUUUUGAAUGCAGGCGUGCGUUUGCGUUUAUUGUUCAUUUUACAUUUCCGUUUACAGAACGGUCCGAAAUAAUCGGGUGUGAUUAUUUAGAUUUUCCAUUAAUAUUUUUCUAAAUUUUGAUGUUGUAUUUGAAGUGACGUAUAUAUAUCUAAACUAGGAAAAUCAAAAUUAAUAAAUCUUAAUUCGGAAAAUAUCAAACUCGCAAAACCUAUUAACAAAAAUCAAUUAUUCACACAGCAAAAUUACAAAACCUUUCUUGUCGAGAAUUUGGCUAUCUAAAUUUCACUGUUCGACUUUGAGUGUAUUCUAUAUUUUUACAAAUGUAACUUUUCGGCAUUUCGCUUUUCCAAAAUAUGUUCUUCUGAAUUUCUGUUUUUCUAGUUUUGAUUCACUGUCCUUUUAGAUUCUGAGUGGUGUGAGGACAAUGUAUUGAUUUUACAAUGAUGGCUUUGUUUUUAUCCAUAAACAACUUUUCUACCAAAAAUCUUUUUUCGAUUUAUAAGUAGCACUUUUUCAGAAGGGAAAUCUAACUGGGGAGGUCAUUUUUUGAUUUCCCAAUAAAUGGGAAAAAACGAGAAAAAAACGGGGAAAAACGAAAAUAGAUAGAUACAAUAUUAAACAAAUAUUAUUAAAGAAAAUGUUUUUAUGCAAAUGCAACUAUUUCACCAUAAUUAUGGCAACACUAUCUACCGAACUCCGCUCAGAAUCGUUUAUUCGUUAGCAAUGGUUAAUCGUUGCUUACAGGUUUACAUUAAAUUUCCGUCUUUAUCCUAUUCCCGAUUUUUCCACCUACAACAGCGGCUGCACCCGUCCAAAUUAUCCUCGGCAAGUUUUCUUUUUUUUUAUUCGUCUUUCGUGUAAGCACUGUCUUAUUGUACGGGAUUGUUGUUUCUCUAUAGUUGAUCGAUCCGUUAACGGAAAACAAAGUGCUUGUGUUGGAAAACUUGCAAGACUUACCGUGGUCGUUGGCCAACGAUCUGCACUUCCUGUGUGACUCGGAGAACCCGCUAAUCGCCAAAGCCAUGUAUAUACUCGAGUUGAGGGUGAACGGGGGCGACGGCCUGCAACGGUUGACGGACAGGGAAAAACUGGAGACGGCCGAACGGGCCAUGACGACGGCGUGGGCUGACGCGCCCAACUCGUUCAGGGCGGCAUUGAUUUCCCGGUUGACUUCGUACGUGGACGUGGUAUUGUUACAGCAAUCCGACAAAGGAUGUACGGAGUUUGCGGGUUAUUUACAUUUGGGAACCGAUACGCGGUUCAUUAAGAUUUCGCCAUAAAACACCAUAAUUUAAGUGUUAAAUUUGAUAAGCAGGGUUUCCCGAAAAAUCGUGAAACAUAAUCAUGUUACAUUUAUACAGCUUAUUAUUUUUAUCAUUUAAUUUUUUUAACGAUUAUAUAAAAACCUAUUUACAAUAUUACGGACAAGUCGUCGUGUUUUGUUGUUAUUGUAUGGUACAACAUUAUUUAUAUUUUCUACCCCCUUAAUUAAUUAAUAUAAUAUUUGUCUAUAGG